CUCUCUAGUGGGGACUGCUGCAUCCCUGCUGGGUGGAGCUUCUGGAUCUGAGACGCACUGAGACUCAGCAAGGGAGAGGAGGCUGCUUUCUUCUAAUUACCAGGGUUUUUUUGGCAAGUAAAUGGGGCUGCAACCAACUGACAAAUAAACCAGAGGAGAAGCUUUGAAAUGCUGUUUGCCAUGCACCCAGAAAGAAAUAACAAAACAUUAACAAGGGUUGCUCAUUGGUAUUUGGGACAAGCCUCGCAGUUAUUGGAAGCAGAAGACAACAGAUAAAAGGAUGAGUGAUACUCCAGAAUGCUCCUAUCGAGAGAGAAAGAAGCAACCCAUUACAAGGAACUAUUAGUUUGACAUUGUAUUCAGGUUUAAAGCAACUUAUAUUCACUCCUUCAAAUGGACUUGUUUAAUAUAGUGAACUGAAUGAAAGUGAUUUAAGGAACCGUGACAAGAGAUACAAGUGACACAGUAACAGGAUGGCAGUGGCACAGAAGGUGCUCACUUCAGUGCUGUUUCGCUUUUGGUUGUUUCUUGGGAGUGGAGUGCUGGCAGCCCAUAGCAGCCGACCAAGGUUACGACUAUCUCACAGAGAGCUGUGGGAUUUAAACCGAACCUCCGUUUUUUACGGCCCACGUGGUUUUUUGGACCUACGAACAAUGUUCCUGGACGAGUAUCAAGAACGCUUGUUUGUGGGAGGUCGGGACCUUAUGUAUUCUCUGAACCUGGACCGAGUUAACGAAGAGUACAGAGAGAUACACUGGCCCAGUACACAUACUCAGGUGGAAAAAUGUCGAAUGGAAGGCAAAGAUGUGGCUGAAUGUGCAAAUUUUAUCCGGGUCUUUCACGAAUAUAACAGAACUCAUCUUCUGGCUUGUGGGACUGGCGCUUUUGAUCCUGUAUGUGCCUACGUUAGGGUGGGCCAUUGGACAGAGGACAGGCUGUUUAAACUGGAGAUUAACAUGACUGAGAGUGGGAGAGGCAGAUGUCCAUUUGAGCCAAACAGCCCUUGCGUUUCCACCUUAAAACGGGGUGAGUUAUUUGUUGGGCUCUAUACGGAUUAUUGGGGAUACGAUGCUGCUAUUUAUCGGAUGGACCACCUUUCCUACACAAGAACAGAACAGAAUGAUGAACGGCAGCUGAAAGAACCCAAAUUUGUUGGCUCGUAUGUUAUCCCUGACAAUGACGACCACGAGGAUGAUAAAGGGUAUUUCUUCUUCACCGAAAAAGCAUUUGAGGUUGAUGGUAGUGCGGUCUAUACCAGGGUUGGGAGAGUCUGUGCAAAUGACCUUGGAGGACAAAGAAUGCUGGUAAAUAAAUGGACCACUUUACUCAAAACACGACUUAUUUGUUCUGUGCCUGGGCCUAAUGGAAUUGACACACAUUUUGAUGAACUGGAGGAUGUGUUCCUACUCCAGACACGAGAUGAUAAAAACCCUGAGAUUUUUGCCCUAUUCAGCACUACAAGCAAUGUAUUUAAAGGAUAUGCUGUGUGUGUUUAUCAUAUGGCUGAUAUUCGAGACGCAUUCAACGGGCCAUAUGCACACCAAGAAGGACCAGAAUACCAUUGGGCAGCUUAUGAGGGAAAAGUGCCAUUUCCAAGACCUGGAUCAUGUGCCAGUAAGAUGAAUGGAGGUCAGUACACUAGUUCCAAGGGUUACCCAGACGAUGUCCUUCGCUUUGUGCGUGCUCACCCUGUAAUGUACCAGCCUGUCUACCCUGUAAACAAGAGACCGGCUCUUCUCAAAACAGAUGGGAAAUACAAUCUCAAACAGAUUGCUGUGGACAGAGUUGAAGCAGAAGAUGGACACUACAAUGUUCUUUUUGUAGGAACAGACAAUGGCGUUGUACUAAAAGUGAUCACAAUAUACAACAAGGAAACUGAAACUAUGGAAGAAGUUAUUCUGGAAGAACUGCACAUUUUCAAGGUUCCUGUUCCGAUAGUGGCAAUGGAAAUUUCUGUUAAAAGGCAACAACUGUAUGUCGGUUCUGAAUCUGGAAUAGCUCAGGUAAAGCUCCAUCAGUGUGAUGUGUAUGGAACAGCAUGUGCUGACUGCUGCCUGGCCAGGGAUCCAUACUGUGCCUGGGAUGGGGUGACAUGCUCCAGAUAUUACCCAGAUGGAACACUCACUAAAAGACGCUUCCGUAGACAAGAUGUCCGUCAUGGUAACGCAGUGCAGCAGUGUCGUGGACAGCAUAUACACGGGGGGGUUUCUGAAAUGGCUGAUGAGAGACUGGUUUAUGGUAUUGAACACAACAGUACACUACUUGAGUGCAUGCCAAGGUCUCCACAGGCAAACGUUCUCUGGUUUAUACAAAGGAAUUAUGACAACUGGAAGGAUGAAGUGAAAACAGAUGAAAGAAUUGUAAAAACAGACCAUGGCCUUUUAUUCCUGAAACUGCAUCGAAUGGAUGGUGGGACCUAUUUUUGUCAGACAGUGGAGCAUGGCUUCAUCCACACAGUUACUAAAAUCACCCUGGAGGUCCUGGAAGAGGAGAGAAUUGAGGAAAUGUUUAAUAAAGACGACGAGGAAGAGCUACUCCAUAAAGAACCUUGUCCUGCACUGCAGGGGUUGUCCCAUGGGUCCAAUAAGGUUUGGUACAAGGAGUUCCUUCAAUUGAUAGGAUAUAGCAACUUCCAAAGGGUGGAGGAGUACUGCAUGAGGGUCUGGUGCACAGACAAGAAACGGAAAAAGCUCAAAACACUACCAGCCAAAUGGAAAUACUCCCAAGUACAGGAGAGGCGAACCAAGACAAGAGGGGAACGCCACAGAAGUCCUAGACAUGCCCAGGAUACUUGAUGAUUGUAUUAAUUUUACUGGCGAUAACUAGUAAAAUGUGCUGAAGAACAUUGUGGCUUUUAUGUAAUACAGACACCUGUGUUAUGCUUUAUGUAUUAAAGCAACAUUUUCUAUAAGUACUCUGAAACUAUACAAGGAUACGAUGUCUAACUGGAAUAUGGUCAAGCUAUAAUACUAAUUAAGAGCAUAAUUGUACAAAGAUUAACUAUUUAUGCAGCAAAAUGUUUCUGUUGAUCCUUGUACAGCUCAUUGAAUCCGGGUGUGUAAAUUCUUAAAUAAAAAGUACAGUAAUGGUGACCAAAAUCCAGUAUUACUUACUGUAAGCUACUAAGCAUUUACUUCUGUUGCCUUAACUGGAAUGAUAUAAUAUGAAACAUUUAUAAUAAAAAAGCCACAAAAAAAGUUUUAAAGCACUUGCUUAGCUUACAGCAUUUAAAAAAAAAAAUAACUAUAAAAAUGUUUAUGCAGAGUUUGGACUGUAGGAUAUUUUUCAGGCCACUUUCUAUCUUGGUCUACAGCAGGGGAAAAAUAACUUCACUGGCUUACAGUGGUAGAAUAACAGAGGAUUCACAUUUAAUUAUAGGUAUGACACCAUCAGUGUUCAGUUACAUAACAAAACAAAAAAUUAUUUGCAUAGAUCAUCAAGGAAACAGAUAGCUGAACAAUGUACAGUGUGCAUGUCUUGAUAAAGUGCCUUUAGAGUUACUACCAUAAUGUUAAGUAAUUCCAGUUUUACAUUUGCAUACUUAUCUGUUUGUACAAAGCCUGUUACUAAUCAAUAAGUUUGCCUCCAGGUGUGGAAAAGCAAUUAUGAAGCAAUGUUAACCCCAUGUUCAAAGUCCACAAUUCAAUUCUAUAUUGUAAAUAAGAAAGUCGGGUGUGCAUUCCUUAUCAUUUUAAUGUGUAUGGUCAUUUUAGCCAUCAACCACAUAAUGCAAAUUUAAAAAUAGCGUGUCUUUGGAAUACAACUAGCUGUAACAAGUUUUGAUUUGGGUUUCUUAUCACCCAACCAAAUCUGCUCAAUUCCAGCUUUAAAUCACAUCGCAAGACUUUCGCAGGACAGGUGUAGCAUAAGAAACUGAGAAGCGUGGGCCUGUACAGUCACGUGACCAAACGCGUCAUUGAACAACAGAGUAUGAUAUACUGCAUCCCUUUCCUUUAUCACCGGAAAGGUAGAAACAAAACUUCUCAUUUAAAAUCGAAACAUCUCAAUAACGUAUUAUGUACUAUUAACAUGUUAAAUAGUAAUUCAUCCCCUUUAUUUUGAUGCUAUGCAUGUCCCGAUCUGAAACAAGAAAAGGAAAAUAGAAUAUGGUACAUGAGUACGGCGAGUGCACACCUUUCCGCUUUUGGUUUAAUAAAAUCAGUGUAUAUUUAAGUGUUCAAGGCGAUAGCCAGCAAAGGUAAAAAAAAAAAUAAUUAUAGUAAUAAUAUUUAUCUACGCUCUUUUACACUUUAGUUUGCCGCAAAAUAAAA